AUGCAUACAAACUUCUCGAUGCACCGCGUCAAGGUCUACAAGCUGAAUGUGGAAGGGCAGUGGGAGGAUAAGGGUACCGGGCAUAUUAGCGUGGAAUACAUGGAGCAAGCGCACGCGAUGGGGCUUGUGGUAAUUUCCGAGGAGGAGAACGGGAAGACGCUGCUCGUGCAUCAAAUAUCACGCGAGGACAUUUACAGCCGCUCUGGUGGCAACAAAUCAAGCAGGUUCAGCAAGAGGAGCAUAGAAGACAUCAAGGUAGGCAAUGGUACUAUUCGCUUCAAGCGAUUCCUGGGACCAAAGAUCGAGCAUUUCGCAGAUCACGAGCGGGGCCGGGAUUUCUUGGAAAACGAGCUGGAGCUCCCGGCGCCAGAAAGACGCAAUUUGGAGGACGUUGCAAAGAGGGAUCGGGUAGCAGCACAAUUGAUGAAACAGAACUACCUCCCAGCGUUACUGGACCAGUUCAAGCAAUGCGAGGACCUUGAAGAUAGCGAAGGGCUUUCCCACAUGUAUACUAUCGUGCGGAGCGCCAUAAUGUUGAAUGAUAGCAGCGUGCUGGAGGAGAUGCUUCGGGAGGAGCACGUAAUGGACGUGCUGGGAGCUCUGGAGUAUGACCCGGACGUGAAGCAGCCCCAGAAACACCGGGAUUUUCUGCAGAGCCAUGUGCAGUUCAAGGAGGUAGUGCCCAUCACGAAUCCGCAGAUCCUUGCUAAAAUUCACCAAACUUACCGGAUACAAUAUCUAAAGGACGUUAUCCUCCCACGGUCCCUUGACGACGCGACAUACGCCACGCUGUCCUCGCUGGCCUUGUUUAAUAACAUGGAAGUUGUGGGCGCGCUCAUGGCGGACGCUAGCUUCCUGCCCCAGUUGUUCCAGCGGCUGCAGCAAACGGACCCCAGCGAUGCCCAAUGGCAUGAUUUGGUGGCUUUUCUGCAGGUCGUGACGCGGAUAAUGCUCCACAGCGCGGAGGACGUUAAGCUGAAAGCGACGGACAUUCUUAUGUCCUCGAUGCAACAUGAUGUCCUGGCGCUACGGGAGUUCCUCUACAAGCAGCCAGAGCACACACUGUUCGGAUUGCUGGUACACGAGCUGUCGGAUGGGCGGGACACAGGGCUAGCAGAGCAGGUAUGCGAGGCCAUUAAACUUCUCAUGGACCCCGACAAUAUGGAACAGCCUGUGGAAAAAAACGAGUUCCUCGAGGUGUUUUAUGAUAAAUACCUUGACAAGUUGAUCGGUGUCAUUCUCAGCGACUCGAGCAUUAACUCGACAGGAACUCGCGCGGUGCCGGCCACGACGCUGGGCCUCAUCCUGGAGCUGCUCAGCUUUUGCGUCCAGAACCACUCAUACCGAAUACGCUAUUACACACUGCGGAAUCAUUUGGUUGAGAAAGUGCUACGGCUACUGCACAGACGAGAGCGAUGGCUGGUUUGCGCCACGGUGCGCUUCAUGCGGGUCUGUGUCGCCUUGAAGGAGGACUUUUUUACCAGGUAUUUGUUACGGUACAAUUGCUUCGGGCCAAUCAUGGUGGUCUUCUUCGAAAACGGCGAGCGUUACAACUUGCUCAACUCCGCGGUUCUGGACCUAAUUGAUUAUAUUCGCAAAGAGAACAUUAAACCAAUUCUUGAUCAUCUGGUUGAGACGUACGGCCAUCGCUUCGAUGAGUUGACUUACGUGGAGACAUUUAAGCAGCUCCGGUUGAAGUAUGACCAGGCUCCGGAAAGGGCUGGCAGCACCGGAAAUGGCACUAAUGGGCGCGGCGAUGAAGAGAUGACGGACGCAUCAGGCUCAGCAGGGCCUCAUGCCGGAUCGGCAGCUGCCAACCUUCGGGGACGGACUUACGUCUUCUCGUCGACAGGAAUGUCGCACCAAACACGGGUGGCGGCGCAGCACGCACAUGGGCGAAGGAGGAGGCGGGACGACAGGGAGCCCGACAAAGACGAGGAGGAUUAUUUUAGUGAGGACGCGGACGACGAACAGGAAGAAAUGCACCGGUCUCAUGCGCACAAGCAGCAGCACCAUCCAGAGCAGCAGACCAUACGCGACAGCGUCAAGGGGAGCAGCAGCAUGCAUGCGACGGACCUGGGGACGAGGAACGGGCCACGCGGAAAUGGCCGUGACGGGGAAGGGUACAGCGGAGCUGGCGGCACAGACGGAUGCGGGGUUACAGGUGCAAGGGGCGGGAUGGCUGGUGUGGCAUCUGGGGGUGGCGGGACACAGACAGAGCCAGCGCUGGCGGCAACAGCCCCCUUGGCGUCAUCGCACGCAGCUAGGUCAAGCACGGAUAGGUCGGGCGGUCUCCAGGCUGACGGGCAGCAGCAAGGCUUGUUAGGUAGUGCACAGCACGAAUCGUCACGACAGUGGCCUGGGCUGGUUGAUUACGAUGACGACGACGACGCAGCUGUGGGCGAAGAGGGCAAUCAUACGACUAUGGCAGAGCCGUCACUGCGUCAGCAGCAACAGUUGUUGGAACACAGACAAGGGCCUGGCAACGGUCCAGUUGGCAGCAGUGGGACUGGCCGGAGCCCAAGUCUGGAUCUGGGGCGGAGGGCCCGAAGUGAAAUGGAAGACAGUAAAGUAGAUGGAAUGGAGGAAGGCAGUGCGGCGGGAGGUGUGCAAGACCAGCGGAAACGACUACGUAACGAGGAUGCUGGUUCGCAAGGCGGAUCUGCACAGUGGUAGCGGGCUGGAGGCCGGUUCUACGUAGGAGGGGCCAGCGGUUUCCGGAGCCUUGCCGGUGACAUGAUGACCAAUGGUGUCAUAUAACGUUUGGUCCGUCAACGUCCGUUUGGCUCUGGAAGGGUAGCCCAGCAAAUAGAUUUGGGUACACUGUUGGACAGCGUGGUUACAGGGUGCAUUCGGAGCGCUGACCAAGGGAAAACCUGUGCUACAGAGCACUUGGGACGGGAUUUCCAACACGGUUAUCUCCUGUGCUGGCGGCAACUGUGCCAGUUGUUAGUGAGGCGGCUUCUCGGAUGUCGUUAGGGUGUGUGGCUUUUACUAUCUGUGGGGAAAGUGUGAGCGCUGCAUAUAAGCAUAAACAUGUGAAUGAUAUAGGAUUACAGAUAGCAUGCGCGCACGCAGACCAUACUGCAGCGAAGCUGGGUGACCGAUGUGCUAUCAGCUUAGGGUGCGUUGUAGCAAAUACGAGG